CCCCGCGGCGCUGGAGCCGAGCCCCGCCGAGCCGGCUGCGCCCCGAGCCCGCCCGCCGCCCCCGCGGAGCACGGCCCGGCACGGCCCGGAGAGGGCGGCCAUGGAGCGGCGCGGGGGCCGGCGGCAGGACUCUGGAGAUAGUGUUUCUGAGCUACCGGAAUGGAGACCAGCCGUUUACAGAAAGUGUACGGACAUUCUCUGGCUGCUCCUCUUCUGUCUUUUCUGGGCUGGUUUGAUGUUUGUAAGUGGCUAUGCUGUGGUGGCUGGUGCUGCAGAAAGACUUGUGCUUGGAUAUGACAGCUUUGGGAACAUAUGUGGUCGGAAGAACACUCCUGUAGAAGGGGCAAAUCUUUCUGGAUUGGACAUGACUAAUAAAAAGUAUGUGUUCUUUCUGAAUUCAUGCAGCCUGGAAAUACAAAGCCCCAAAAUCAGUUCACUUUCCUUGUGCGUGUCAAGUUGUCCACAACAGCAACUCAACUCUUUGGAAGAUCUACAGAGUUUUGCAAGGAAUAAUGAUUCUUUCCUUUGUGUUUACAGCCUGAAUGUUUCCAGUUACACAGUAAAUCCAAAAGCAGCUCAGCUGUGUCCCACACUGCCAGUUCCACCAAGUAAAUCCUUUCCAUUAUUUAAUCGCUGUGUUCCACAAAAUCCUGAAUGCUAUUCCAAAUAUGCAUCUGUCCUCAUAAGUAUGGUUAAUGAAAUGGAUGUUUUUCACCGAAUUCUGAGUGGAAUAUUGGCAGGAAGAGAUACUGUGAUAGGACUGAGUGUCCUUGCACUAGCCUUCUCUUUGAUACUGGUUUUAGCCUUCAGAUUCAUUCAGACCCUCUUCAUCCAUACUCUGAUUGCACUGGUUGUGUUUGGGUUGUUGUUUGUGUCAGGUGUGCUCUGGUGGCUCCAUUACGACUACAGGAAUGACCCCAGCACUGAACUGGAAACAGAAAAGGAAAAUGUCAAAUUCCUACUUGGAUAUGCCAUCUUCUCAACAAUCAUCACUGUUGUUCUGCUCUCCCUUAUAUUUGUACUAAGAAAAAGGCUUCCUUUCUCUGUUCAGCUCUUUAGAAUUGUUGGCAAAAUCAUUGGCAGAAUUCCUUUCCUCCUGUUCCAGCCACUCUGGACUUUUCUGAUUCUCAUUGUGUUCUGGGUAUUUUGGGUUGCUGUACUGCUUAGCUUAGGAACUGCAGGUACUGCACAGGCCACUUCGGGAGGACAAGUAGAAUACAGAGCUCUGUCUGGAAUUUGCUACAUGGCAUGGUAUCAUUUCGUUGGCCUUAUCUGGACUAGUGAAUUCAUUCUUGCCUGUCAGCAAAUGGUCAUUGCUGGGGCAGUGGUUACUUGUUAUUUCAACAGAAAUAAAAAUAACCCACCACCUCACCCAGUCCUGUCAUCCAUAUCAGUUCUUUUCUGCUACCAUCUAGGAACUGCUGUAAAAGGCUCAUUUCUAAUCACACUACUCAGAAUACCAAGGAUUGUUCUCUUGUACCUUUGCAAUAUCCUAAACCAAAAGAAGAAUGCAAAGCACCUGUUUGACUGCUGUUCCUGCUGGGUUUGCUUCCCAAAAAGUUGCUUAAGAUACUUUAACCAGCAUGCAUACACAACUACAGCCAUAAAUGGGACAAAUUUUUGUACAUCAGCAAAGGAUGCUGCCUGUAUUUUGGCAAGGAAUUCUGCUAAACUUGCAUCCAUUAGCUGCUUUGGAGAUUUUCUCCUAUUUUUAGGAAAGGUGUUUGUUGUGUGCUUCACUGUUUUUGGGGGAUUGAUGGCAUUUAACUACCACCGGCAGUUGCAAGCUUGGGUGGUUCCUCUAUUGCUGGUUGGAUUUUUUGCCUACCUGAUGUCCCACAGCCUUCUGUCUGUGUUUGAAGUGACAGCAGAUGCCAUGUUCCUUUGCUUUGCUAUUGAUAUGGAAACAAAUGAUGGAACUGCAGAGAAGCCAUACUUUGUGGAUCAGGAGCUGCUGACCUUUGUGAGUCAGAGUAACAAGUUAACAGAAGGGCAAAACCACAGAAACACAAGACCAUUCCAGGAUAAUGAAGAUGGGACAGAGCUCCAGCCUAUGACUUGAAUGUGAAGUACACCAGGAGGUGUGGAAGCAGAGCAGCAAUAGCACAAACAGUCAUAUCAGCAAAGGUUACCAAUAGCCCAGGACAAAGUAUUAGCUCCCUAAAUCUGUUGUAUCUUCUGCACUGGUAAAAUGACACACAAUCUGUUUGUAUCAAUAAAAUAUUUUGUGUGUCAUCACAUCUGAUUUUUAUUACUACAUUUGUUGUGAUGGUCUGAAAGUUGAUAAUAAACUCACUCUUUGUAAAUUUC